AUGGCAGCUGCUACAGCUACAAGCGUUACAGCCACGCCCAGCACUCUUGCUGAAGUCGAGGCUUCGAUGCACAUAACCGUCAACUGGUACGAAUACGAUCCGUCAUUACCAACUGCCAUCGUCGGUGCAAUCCUAUUCGGGAUCGUGGGCUUUGUGACUCUAUUCCAGUUUUUCCAGAAACGAUGCUGGUUCUGGUGGCCACUGGUAUUGGGGACAAUGAUGGAAAUGGCGGGUUAUAUCGCCCGUGCGCCGUCCUCGAAAUAUACCGAUAAUAAGAACAUGUACAUCGUACAACUAGUGAUGAUCAUCCUCGCCCCCGGAAUCAUGGCCGCCGCCUGCUACAUGGCCAUGGGCCGCCUCAUCCUUCACCUCACGCCCCCCAGCCAUCUUCGAUUCCGCACUCUCUGGGUCCCCGCGCGCUUCAUCACGCCCACCUUCGUGCUCUUCGAUGUUCUCUCCUUCGGCAUCCAGCUGGUCGGCUCCUCCGUGGUCGCCUCCGCGUCCAUCACCGACUUCGACCGCGUAAAGCGCGGUAGCCGCAUCGUCGAGAUCGGGCUCGCCGUGCAGCUCGUCUGCUUCGGCUUCUUUUCUUUUGUGGCGGCGAGGUUCUCGUUUGUGGCGAGGAGGUGGGAGAGUGCUUGGCCUGGGAGGGAGUGGUUGAAGUUGUUGUAUGCGAUAAAUGCGGCUUGUGCGAUUAUCUUGUUGAGAAGUAUAUAUAGGAUGGUAGAGUUUGCGGGAGGCAGAGAUGGGUAUGUUAGGACGCAUGAGUGGCCGUUUUGGGUGUUUGAUUCGUUUUUGAUAUGGUGCGUGCUGUUGGUCUUUACGCUCUUGCAUCCGGCGGAUUUCCUCCCGAAUGUUGGGCUACGUAAAACGGUUGUUAAGCGGACCGACAUCGAGGGUGCCGGCGGUCAUGAGAUGUUGGGCUCGAGAAUCUCGGUAGCUAACUAG